AUGAGCACUAUGCAACCUCCUCCGAAUCACAGGAGCACAUGGUCACACCAUGUCAACCCUCACCACCAUGUCAACACGGAUACAGACUACAACAUGCAGAUGCACAUGCAAUCCCACUCAUACGCAGCUCAUGUACCUCUACAGAGACCUGGACUCUCUCAACAGAUGACCUACCAUGCUUCGGCUGGUCCCAGCUUCCCUUCUGGUCCUUCUUUCGGUCAUGAUAUCAAACUAGCUCCUUUGGCCCUGCCUUCAACCCCAAGCCGUGGUCAAUCGCCUGCUAGCAUACAUUCGCAAUCGCUACGUGGGCCCAUGGCCGUUGGCGGCUCGCGUACAGCUCCUCGCCGUGAGAGCCCAGAGCUCAAGGGCACACCCAUAUCCCCAGCUGGAUCGGGGCGGGAUAUGAUUGCCUCUGCAUCGCCUGACAGCGCAGCGGGUGGUCGGUUAAUGAACGUGCUCAUGAAGAAGAUGGAAGAAAAGGGCCAAGACAGCAAGACAAGUGAAAAUGAAAACCGUGAGGCACAGUACACAGCAAAGGGAAAGAAGAAGACAAUCGUGUGCCCCUAUGAGGGCUGUGGCCACAGGUGUGCCCAACAGGGCCAACUCGAAACUCACAUUCGGAAGCACACUGGACAAAAGCCAUUCAAAUGUCGAUUCUGCAAUUUCAGAGCCUCGCAGCGUGGAAACUUGAAUGGUCAUGAAAACACCCACACUGGUGCCAGGCCUUAUGCUUGCGACAAGUGUGACAAGAAAUUCCCCACGAAAGGCAACCUGCACAACCACUCAAAGACGCACGACGCAACAAGAUAUUCAUGCCCCCUGGACACAUGCAAGCGAUCGUACUCCAACACAAACAACCUGAAGACGCAUCUCGAAAAGAACCACGCAGAUGCCAUUACUGAUCUCAUUGCCAAAGUCAACUCUCCGAACUCGCUUAGCGAGGCCGAGAAGAAGCUCUGCGCCUCAUUUUUCAAGAACCACAGAGCCCUGAACCGCGGCAUCAAGGGCCGAGGCCAGGGUGUCAGGGUCGAGAGGGUCCAUCACGAUCCCAGAGACGCUGCCGCAAAGGUCUCCAGAUCCCCGAACAUGUCGCAACCAAACUCGAGUUCCUACAGCGUCAACCCCGCUCCCGACAUGCAGUUCUACCAUGGCCACAUGCAGCAGCAGCUUCCCAGCGUGUCAAUGUUCCACUCCCAUGGUUUCCCGGCCUCUUACCUUGAGACUCCUCAACCGACAUACAACUACCAGCCCACUCGAAGUUACGGCCAUGUUGGCACCGAGAUGCCGGGUCCUUCAAACAUGUGCUUCGAUGGCAUGCCUCAGGUUGGCAUGCAGUUCCACGGCAUGCCCGGGACGAACGGCACAACGUCACCAUCUUCAUCUUCAUCGGACUCUGUAUCGAGCGAGGGCUACAGUGAUGUCGGCAGCCCUGGGUCAGAAUUCGUUUUUGGUGCCCAACGUCACUAA